GUAUUACCCACGUUGUACACAAUGAAUCCCGAAGCGCUCCUCAAAGCCUACGGCUGGUCUGGCUCAGGUUCGCUGGACUCCCACAACGGCUCCGACUCUCGCGGUCUCAGCAAACCGCUCCUCAUCUCCAAGAAAGUGGAUGUUUUGGGCGUGGGAUUGAAUAAACAUGCCGCUGUUAGCGAUCAGUGGUGGAUGCGCGCCUACGACUCGGGGCUCAAGGACCUGGGAACGGGAAAGAAGAGUACCUUGGCUGAGGUCCGGGAGAAGGGAAUGUUCGCGGGUGGCCUGUAUGGACGAUUCGUGAAGGGCGAAAGUGAAGGUGGUACUCUGCAGCUGGAGGAGAAGAAGAAGAAGAGGAAGAGGAGCGAGGAGGAGAGUGAUAGCGGGUAUGAGAGUAAGAAUGGGAAAAGGCGGAAGACUGAGGGUGAGAGGAGGGUGAAGAAGAGUGUUUUGAGGACCGUGGAUAGGUUUGUGGUCGAAGCGAAGAGGCGCAAUCUGCUGGACGGGGCUGUGAGUAAGUUUGCGAAUAGCAAGUCGGUCGUCGACCUAUACGGAGAGGAGACCGUUGCCGCAGUUUUCAAGGAUGCUGGCUUGGGCCACGGAGGUGAAUUGAGCACGACCUCUGCGAAACAGCGAAGGUACUCGAACGAGAAGCAACUUCGACAGCUGAAGAAGGUCGCAAAAGUGUUCGUCAUCAGUCAACUUUCCCCCGGCGAGCAGGCAGAACUCCAGAACGGCGGAACGUCAUCUGAUAAUGCUUGUGUGGAGAAGCAGUUGGGGGAAGACCAAGCUGAGGCAGCAAGAGUUGCAGCCAAAGCGGCAAAGAAAGAGGCCAAGUCGGCGCAAAAGCAAAAGGAUCGAGAAAUGAAGGCAUGGGAGAAGGGCAUCACGAUUGAGGAGUACCUGCGACAACGGGAAGAGAAGAAGGCAUCCAAGAGCAAGUUGAGGACUGAGAACGCGGAGAGUCUAGCAAUGCCAGCAUUUGUCGUCGAUUCCGUGGGCGAUGACUCCCUCACUGCGCAAGCCAACCAAGUCGUAGAUGCUACGGGAAACGUCCGCAACACCACGAUGAAAGAGGUCCCAAUCCCUUCCGAUACCGCGAUAGGGAACGGCAUCGAAGCGAAGAAGCUGCCAAAGCCCGUCCGUAAGCCGCGGGCACAGUCGAUGCACAAAGAGCGUGAAGCGAAGAAUUCUUCAAAGGCUCGGGUCAAGAUUGCAAAGCAAGAAUCGCUUACGCUUCGGAUUCUUACAGAGUCGCGGAAGGCCGAGAAGGGCACGAAGAGAGCGACUAUCGGUGGGCUUGAGGAUGUGCCGCUCAUUGCCGUGACCAGCAAAAAAGGAGAGGCGUGGACGAAAGCAGAGAUGAAACAGGCGAGAACUGCAGCGAGAAGAACAAUUAAGAAUGAGAAGAAGAAGACGAAAAAGACGAAGAUGGGGAGGGGGGCGAAGAAGUACAAGAAAGUGUCGAGGAAGUGAGGCGCCGCAUAUUUGCAGCAGGGACACUUAU